UCAUGAAGAUCGAUUAAACAAAGCAGAUAAGUUCAAUCUUUGCAGAAAUAUAAGCCCCCGCAUUCCCAAGCAGAAAUCAUAGCAGCAAACCACUCUUCUCUCCUCUGCCAAAUAGCAAAGCAAGAGAUAGCGAGAGAAACAUGAUCGGGCACAUGAUCGGUAAUGUUUUGUGGCAGGGAACGAAGGUGAAGGGCCAUCUCGUCCUCAUGGAGAGGAACGUUCUUGACUUCAACGACUUCGGUGCAACUGUCGUCAAUAGUAUCCAGGACUUCCUCGGCCAGCAAGUCUCGCUUCAGCUAGUCAGCGCCACCGCCGGUGAUUCCAAUAACGAUGACAGAGGAUUGGUCGGCGAGCCGGCGUAUCUGGAGCCGCCGCUGAUCCCACUCCUUCCUACGGUCAUCGCCGGAGAGAUAAAAUUUGGGGUGACGUUCCACGUAAAGGAAGGAGAAGGGAUUCCUGGCGCAGUAAUCGUGAAGAACCGCCACCUGGCGGAGUUCUUCCUCAAAUCGAUCACCAUCGAGGAUUUCCCCGGCAAGGGCCGCAUCCACUUCGAUUGCAACUCUUGGGUCUAUAAUGUCACCAAGUACACUUACGACCGCGUUUUCUUCGCCAACGACACUUAUUUGCCGAAAGACACGCCGGGACCGCUGAGGCCGUACCGGGAGGAGGAGCUCCAGCACCUACGAGGAGACGACGUGAGCCGGCAGCUGGAGGAAUGGGACCGCGUGUACAACUACGCGUAUUACAACGAUCUCGGCAACCCGGAUCUGAUGUCGGGCCUCCGUCGGCCCGUUCUCGGCGGAUCAGACAAGUACCCUUACCCUCGUCGCGGCAAGACUGCUCGCCCUCCGACCAAGACUGAUCCGGAGAGCGAGAGCAGGUUGUUCUCGCUGGAUAUGAACAUCUACGUGCCGCGCGACGAGCGUUUCGGCCACCUUAAGAUGUCGGACUUCUUGGGCUACACCAUCAAGGCCGUGGCCAAGUCGUUGGUGCCUGUUCUUCAAGCUGUGUUCGACAAGACACCGAACACUUUCGACAGCUACGAAGACGUUCUUAAGCUCUAUGAAGGCGGGUUGCCGCUUCCGGAUAUUCCUCAAGUGCAAGCGCUGAUGCAGGCCUUACCUCUUGAGAUGCUGAAAAGCAUACUCACCCCAGCAACAGGACAGCGCAGUUUUCUCAAGUGUCCCAUGCCGCUAAUCAUACACGAUGAUAAGGGGAUAUGGAAGACUGACGAAGAAUUUGCGAGAGAAAUGCUGGCCGGAGUGAACCCUGUCGUCAUCGAAAAACUCAAGGAAUUCCCGCCAACCAGCAAUCUCGAUCCCACACUGUUUGGAGAGCAGAAUAGCACGAUUACAGCAGAGCAUAUAGAGAGAAAUCUUGGCGGCCUCACAGCAGAGCAAGCACUGAAUGGGAGCAGGCUCUUUAUCAUCAACUAUCAUGACGCGCUUAUGCCUUACCUUUCACGAAUCAAUUCAACCUCAAGCAAAAUCUACGCCACCCGAACGCUUCUCUUCCUGAGAGACGAUGACACUCUCAAGCCAAUCGCCAUCGAGCUCAGCCUGCCGCAUCCGGAGGGUGAGAAGCACGGCGCUGUAAGCACCGUCUACACGCCGGCAGAUUCCGGCGUCGAGGCUGCGAUCUGGCAACUAGCCAAGGGCUUUGUCGCCGUAAAUGACUACGGCGUACACCAGCUCAUUAGCCACUGGCUGCGCACCCACGCAGUGAUGGAGCCGUUUGUGAUCUCAACGAACAGGCACCUCAGCACACUUCAUCCCAUCAACAAGCUCCUCGUCCCUCACUACCGCGACACCAUGAACAUAAACGCUCUCGCUCGCCAGGCUCUUAUCAACGCCGGCGGUAUCAUCGAGUUCUCCGUCUUCCCUUCCACAUACGCUAUGGAGUUGUCGUCCGUCAUCUACAAGAGCUGGAAUUUCGCCGACCAGUCCCUCCCCGCCGAUCUCCUCAAGCGGGGAAUGGCGGUGGAGGACCCAUCGAGCCCGACUAAGCUCCGACUCGUGAUCAAAGACUACCCCUACGCCGUGGACGGUCUCGCCAUCUGGUCGGAAAUCGAGUCCUGGGUGACCGAGUACUGCUCCAUCUACUACCCAGACGACUCCAUCAUCCGGGACGACGCCGAGCUCCAAUCCUGGUGGAAAGAAGCCGUGGAGGUCGGACAUGGCGACCUCAAAAACAAGCCUUGGUGGCCGAAGCUCAACUCCCUGCCCGAACUCGUCCAUAUCUGCUCCACCAUCAUCUGGAUAGCCUCCGCCAUGCACGCCGCCGUCAACUUCGGCCAAUACCCCUACGGCGGCUACCUCCCGAACCGCCCAAGCCUGAGCCGGCAGUUCAUGCCGGAGGUCGGCACGGCCGACUACGAGCUACUGAAAACGAACCCCGACAAAGUGUUCUUAAAGACCAUUACGGGCCAAUUGCAGGCCAUUCUUGAGAUAUCGGUGAUUGAAAUUCUGUCGACGCACGCGUCGGAUGAACUGUAUUUGGGCCAGCGGGCGAGCGAGGAGUGGACCAAUAACGCGAGGGCGCUCAAUGCCUUGAAGCGGUUCGGAUCGAAGCUCAAGAACGUGGAGAAGAGAAUUGCCGAGCUGAAUAAAAAUAAGAGCUUGAAGAACCGUGGUGGCUCUGUUAAGCUAGACUACGAGUUGCUAUCGCCCUAUAGCGGGCAGGGGCUCACUGCGAAGGGGAUUCCUAACAGUAUCUCUAUCUGAUCGAUUUGAAGAAGCCGGGAGUGAUUCGUAGCUUACUGUACUAGCUUUAGUGGAAUAAAUAAUGAGUAUCUGCAGAGUUUAGCAAGUGAUUAAUUUGCUAAAUCAGUGUAGCAGUACCAAGUUCCAGUGUUCAGAAAAUAAUUGUGGGUACUAAUCCACUUUGAAUAUUUCGUGAGUUUUUCGGUUUGGUACUUA